UAAAGCCAACUACUCCGUCUCCAUCCACGCACUGCAUAGGGUUUAUUGAGGCGUGUGGAUCGCGGUUUUGACUUUAAAGUAACAAUAUACUAUUUAGUCUUAUUAAUAAGCUGUUUUCUUUCCAAAAACAAUGAGGCGACUGUGGAUUAUUGGUCUCCUUUGUGCACUUUUUGCAUUCGCCUCUGUGAAAGCUAAUGAUGAUGUUGACAUUGACGGAACAGUGGAGGAGGACCUCGGAAAAAGCCGUGAUGGAUCUCGCACAGAUGAUGAAGUUGUCCAGAGGGAGGAAGAGGCCAUCCAGCUAGAUGGACUGAACGCCUCACAAAUUAAAGAAAUUCGUGAGAAAGCAGAAAAGCAUGUGUUCCAGGCAGAAGUGAACAGGAUGAUGAAAUUGAUCAUCAAUUCUCUAUAUAAGAACAAGGAGAUCUUCCUUAGAGAGCUGAUCUCUAAUGCUUCCGAUGCCCUGGAUAAGAUCCGGUUGCUGUCCCUGACUAAUGAAGAUGCCCUUGCUGGAAAUGAAGAGCUUACUAUUAAAAUCAAGUCUGACAAAGAGAAGAACAUGCUUCACAUCACUGACACCGGUAUUGGCAUGACCAAAGAAGAACUGGUGAAAAACCUUGGUACCAUUGCCAAGUCUGGAACCAGCGAGUUCCUCAGCAAGAUGACAGAAAUGCAGGAUGAGGGUCAGUCCACGUCUGAGCUCAUUGGCCAGUUUGGUGUGGGCUUCUACUCUGCCUUCCUUGUAGCUGAUAAAGUCAUUGUCACAUCCAAGCACAACAAUGACACCCAGCACAUCUGGGAGUCUGAUUCCAAUGAGUUCUCCGUCAUUGAGGAUCCUCGUGGAGACACUCUGGGCAGAGGCACCACUAUUACGUUGGUGAUGAAAGAGGAAGCCUCUGACUACCUUGAGCUGGAGACCAUUAAAAACUUGGUGAGGAAGUACUCUCAGUUCAUCAACUUCCCCAUUUACGUAUGGAGCAGCAAGACUGAGACCGUAGAGGAACCCGUUGAGGAUGAAGAGGCAGCUGAGGCAGAAAAGGAAGAUGCCACAGAAGAUGAAGCUGAGGUUGAGGAAGAGGAAGAUGAUAAGGACAAACCUAAGACUAAGAAGGUGGAGAAGACCGUUUGGGAUUGGGAGCUGAUGAAUGAUAUUAAGCCCAUCUGGCAGAGGCAUGCAAAAGAAGUUGAAGAAGAUGAAUACAAAGCUUUCUACAAGACCUUCUCCAGGGACACUGAUGACCCCCUGAGUCACAUCCACUUCACUGCUGAGGGCGAGGUCACCUUUAAGUCUAUCCUCUUUAUUCCAGCAGCUGCACCACGAGGCCUUUUUGAUGAAUAUGGUACCAAGAAGAAUGACUUCAUCAAGCUGUUUGUGCGUAGAGUCUUCAUCACGGAUGACUUUCACGACAUGAUGCCCAAGUACCUCAACUUCAUUAAAGGCGUUGUAAGUUCUGCAGUCUGCCUCUAUAGUCACCAUUUAGGUCAGUGGUCACAAACCUUUUUUAAGCCCAAGAUCCCCAACUUCGGUCUUGAUGAAAGGCACGAUCUAUGUAUUAAAGGGCCCAGACUAAACCUAAACUUGAAGCAUUUUAUUUAGGAUAAUUAUAUUUGA